AUGAGCAAAUCGUCCAGGUAUACGAAAACGUUGGAUCUGAGUUUCGCUGGUAUCACCCGAUCCGUAAGCCGCACCAAGCGUUAUGCCGCGUUGCACAGGCCGAAUGGCAUCUUUCAAAACUGGUACAACGGUCUGCCUGAAACCGUGAAUGCAGACAAACUUGAGGUCUACGCUGGAGAUGUAGUGCGUCUGAUCUAUCCUGUAGAGGAUCCCUUCAAUGCUGGGCAGAGGACAGAACCUGUCUUUUCCCGGCUUGGACACCACUGUUGUACGAUUGGUCCAUGUGCUUUUGCUCUGCUUGAUGACACCCAGCUCCAGCAUCUUAUCGAUUUCCUCUUCGACCACCUUUUGCUUCGCCGGCGACAUCGGAUACAACCGAUCUUUGAAGACCCGAGCUCCUUCCAUCAGCUCAAUGGAGUGCCUCUCCACGCUGGUGACUCCGAGGACAUCCCCUUUAAAAGUAAGGAACUCCUCUUUGACCUUAUCUCAUGCCAGCUUUUCCUCCGCAGAAAGGCUCCAGGAUUCCGGUUCCUCCUCGUCCUCAUCUUCCUGAUCAGCGUAGUGCUCCAUCUGACUGGCAUGGAUUUCUUCAGCUUUCUUGACGCCACUGGCUUCCCUACAACGGUUGGAGCUAGUCCGAACGCCUGCCAGAAGUCGACUUCGAAGUACGAACUUUGCUCCAAGCAGUCCGAUAAUGGAUCGGUCCUCGCCAGAAGCCGUCCGGACUACGGAAAAGAACGGGUGGACCGUAAAGCCCAGCGUUUCCACCAGCUCUCGACAACCGUUGGCCAGCACACUUACACUGUCCCCCGCGUCCAACAAGCCAGUGAACUGCUUGCCGAAGUCCUCCACUUGGGCGAAGGGUCUAGAAUCGGCUGAAUCUAUGCGCUUCACAGCCGCCACCACCUCUCGUCGCUCCCUUGCUCCCUUGCUUUCUGAACUCUCCGUGACACUAUCCGCAUGCCGCUCAGCUGAUGUUCCGCAAAGAUCCGGUUCCGUGCCUCCAUAUAGCGAUGAAGCCUUUUCUCUUCCGGUAGUUAUCUUAACAAAUAUUUAUAUCUAUUAGAUUGUUCUUCUUCCUUUGGACCUACUUGGAGGAAUUUCAUCCUGGGCGAGUCCAUCCCACUUUCGGACUGCCCAGUCGACCGUUUUCCGCGCAAUCGGGACAUUUUGGCAUAAUUACACCAAGUCUGCCGCACCGGAAACAAAAUCUCCUCCACUCACUAGCCUUGCAAUCCUGGAAUCCGUGCUUCGCAGCACCGCAAUUCCAAAAACUUGGCCUGAAUGGGUUUUGACCACGCUCACGGAGCUCGUCCACUUCGAUGUUUCGCUUCUUGUCGACCUCGUCCGGAAUGAAAGCCUCUCUGACCCGCAAUUUGCUCUGCUGCAGAUAAGCAGCGCGCCCUCAUCGCCAGCGAUAUUGGCGGCCACUCCGCAGCACUCUCUACGUCUAUAGACCAGAUCCGUCCUUUUCCUCGCCAAGAGGACCCAUUGACCGUAGCUGGUAGCCGAGCCUAUUCUUUCCGUCCUUACCCUUGGACAUGUUUUAUUAUAAUUUUCAAAUACUUACCUAACUAACUUAAAUAAUUAAGAUAACCAAUAAAUAAGAAAAUAAAUAACAAAAUAAAUAAAUUAAUACGACAAUCAAUAAUAGCAAAAAUAAAUAACACUAAAACAAAUAUUCCUCACUACUAAAUUCAAUUCUUUUUUCUCCUUUUACAGCUCUGGACCUGGGGAGAUGGAACUGACCCUCGACGGUGGGCUUCCGACCUAACUUGUUCUGCGCUUAUACCAAAACCCCCAUUCAACUGAACUAGCUAUCACUCGUGGUGAUAGCCGCCAGUUAAGGACAUCUGUUGGCUUGGGCUCCUGUUUGCUUUUCUUUCCCAUCCUCAAUUUCUAUCUUAAGUCAAGGUCAUCGUGCAGCGCUUGGGGUUUCCACGGGUCACGAUUAUGCAAUUAAGUACAUACACAUACCCAUAUAAAAUUAGAAGUCCAGAACGGGGAGGAAAACCCAUGAAAACUCACUAAUUUUCUUCAGUGAUGCAAAUCUUGGUUUUGGCCAAGAUGCCAUCACCAUCCACUGGUAAACCUGGUGACCAGGAGCAAUACCUCGGCGAUGUUCACCGAACAGCCUCCAGCUCUGUUUCCAAUUUCCCUACUCAGCUGACUUUCCGUCACCACUCCCUGGCAUUUGCAAUCUAUGUUGCAAGCCACAGUUCAGUGUGACGGGAGCGCUAGGGUCAUAAAGACGUCGUAGCAUCGAAAAUGUAUUUAGUUUUAAUUUGGGCGCCACUAUGUUACGAACUGCUUAGUUUCGGUGGCAGUGCCACUAGCUCAGUCUGCCUCAGGGCAGAGUACGCCUAAUGCCACAGCUCCCAACACAAAAAAAAAAAAUGUUGAUGUUUUAGCCAAGCGCUCCCUACCACGGGUAACCUUUUAUAUGCUGCUGGGCACCACCUAAACUCCUCGCGACUACGGCGGUUCCAUCUCCCCCACUGGGACGAGUUACUCACACAUUGUGGGUUUUAAAAACAUUUAAUGAACUUAAUGGUAAAGACGUCGUCGCAUCGAAAAUGUAUUUAGUUUUAAUUUGGGCGCCACUAUGUUACGAACUGCUUAGUUUCGGUGGCAGUGCCACUAGCUCAGUCUGCCUCAGGGCAACACAAAAAAAAAACAUGUUGAUUUUUUAGCCAAGCGCUUUCUCCCUACCACGGUUAACCUUUUAUAUGCUGCUGGGCACCACCCAAACUCGGCCGGUCGGCGCCCCUCCUCGCGACUACGGCGGUUCCACCUCCCCCACUGGGACGAGUUACUCACACAUUGUCGGUUUUAAAAACAUUUAAUGAACUUAAUGGUAAGUACAAUAAUUCAUAUUCAUUUUCCUCCUAACCGAUCUAUCCUUCUUAGCCUUCAAGACCAAGACUUGGCCACCGUCUGCAAGAUUUACGCGGUCAAAGCAGAGAAUAUGUUUUCAUAUUUCAUAUUUAUUUUCAUAUACUGUUUUGAAAAGUGUGCUAAAUAUGC